AUGACAAAUGCAUCAAACGGCAACUGCACUAAUGUGGACCAGCUGGUGAAGCGCUACUAUCUGCCCGUCACGUACAGCAUCAUCUGUGUGGUGGGUGUGGUGGGUAAUGUGACCUCUCUGCUUGUGUACAUGACCCGGGUGCGCCCGUGGCAUAGUAACAGUAUCAUUAUGGUCAAUUUAGCAAUCUCUGACCUACUUUAUAUGUUCAGCUUACCUUCCUUGGUGCAUUACUACCUGUCCGAUGAAUCCUGGGUGCUUGGUGACUUUGCAUGUCGUUUCAUGCGCUUUGGAUUCCUCUUCAACCUCUACAGCAGCAUCCUCUUCCUCACAUGCCUGGCUGUCUUUCGAUAUGUGGCUGUGGUACACCCCCUUUGGAUGGUUCAGAUGCAGCACAAACGCUGGGGCGUGUUGGUCUGUGUUGGGGCGUGGACCAUAUCCGCCCUUCAGAUGGCACCUACACUUACAAUGAUUUCCACUGAACAGAGGGGAAAUAAGACUCAUUGUUUAGACCUGGCUAGCAAUGAUCCAGUUGACGUGUGGUGGUACACCUGGAUGCUGACGGCGCUGGGUUAUCUGCUUCCUCUAGUAGUGGUGUGCACCUGUUACCUACGUAUUGUCUGUAAGCUGGCACGACGUUGUCAGCAGUUGGGCAGCUGCAUGCGGACAAGAGCAAGGGUGCAACGACUAAUUGUGGUGGUGCUAAUGUGCCUCAUGAUAUGUUUCCUGCCUUACCACGUGCUGCGGACACUCAGGGUGUACACGAGGAUGAUGCCUGACGUCUCCUGUCUCAUGGAUCGUUGGGUGCAAGCUCUCUACGCCAUCACAAGGCCGUUGGCUGGGCUGAACUCCAUCUUCAAUCUCCCGCUCUACACGCUUGCCGGAGAUCGCUUCAAACAGGCCUUUCUGGAUCUGUUCAAGUGCACUCCAUGUUCGGUGAAGUCUAGUUCAUUUGUCAACGUAGUCAGCAAACCCAGCAGUCAGAACACAUGA